UGGAUUUUUAUUUGUCCCUGUGGCCUUGCUUAAGGCGGCAACGGGCAAUUAGUUCCAUGUAAGCACGGUUACUAGCAGUAGGGAAAUGGAGGUACACGAAGUGUGAAGGGGACAGGAAGCAGACCCCGAGUCCCAGUCAUAUCUCUGUGUCUUGUGUCGUCCUGCCUGGAGCUCGGGAGACCAUGAGCAACUCAUUACACUAUCUGCUCCUUGUGCUGAGUGGAUUUUUCAUCUUCAUUGCAGGUAUAAAAUCGGGUACCCGACCUUCCCUUUCUCCUUGUGUGUCGCUGUCUUCUAACCACCCUACUUCUCUUUCUUCUCUUUUCUUCUUUCUCUUGUUCUUUUUCUUCAGCUUUUAAUAAUCAUCUUUCAAGUCGCAAACUUUUCUUGUUCUUCUUGUCAUCCUUUCUCCUCCCCAACUCUCCAUUCUUCCGCUAGCUCCCUUCUCUAGUUCUCAUUUGAGACCUCUGUUUAUGUCCAUUUUCUCAUUCACCUGUCUAUUUUUCUUCCCCAUUCCUCUAGGUUCUUCCUUGUUUAGCUCUAACUGUUGUUCCCUGCUCUAGUUCGUUCCCUCUUCCUCUAUAUCCCCCUUCUUUCUUCUGUAGCUCGCCUCUUCCUCUCUCCCGCCUGCAUAUUAUAGAAACUAAAGAGAGAAAUGUGAAAUAUGUCGAUGGGGGACUAAAGUUAUCUUGUUUCAUUCUGUUGUUGUUGUUGUUGUUGUUGUUGUUGUUGUUGCUGCUGCUGCUGCUGCUGCUGCUGCUGCUGCUGCUGUUGUUGUUACAAACUGUGUGCAGACACCACAGCUGGCUGUAUCAAUUCGCUACCUCUCAAUCUGCGAGCCUUCCCUGGAACAGACAUAGUCCUCAGUUCACCUGGUUUUCCAAAUGGAUACGAAAAGUAAUGAAGAAGGUUUCGUUUCUCAACACUAACUCCUUAGAGCUAAAAUACAACAUGAGUUGUGAAUGGCGGAUCACAGCUUCUUUCAACUACGUGGUGAGGCUGACGGCCACCUACGUGGACAUAGAGCACGUGGCUGGGUGCACCAAGGACUACAUUAGCAUCUAUGAUGGCAAUUCGUCAUCCGCCGCCCUUCUGGGGGAGUACUGCAGUUACUGGUGUACACCAUUAGAAAGCAGCGGUCUACAAAUGUUUAUUCGCUUUGUCACGGACACCAAUGUCACAGACGAAGGGUUUCAACUGACGUACACCGCCGUCCGUCCACCAACGGUGCCACAGAUCAUCUUGACAGCGCCCUCUGUUGAGAUCCCAAGUUCGGCAGCCGUGUCCAUCGCCACCCCCGACAGCAGCAGCAGCAGACAGGACCUGCAACUGGCCAUCAUCGGCGCCGUCGUUGCGGUCGUCUGCGUGUUCGGCUUGCUGAUCACCGUCUGCUACGUGGUCACGGUGAAGAAGAACACCAGCGCCCGUGUCGGCGCCAUGACCUCGCGGGCAGGAGGGGGCCUGACCAGGGCGGGGAGGCGCGUGGCCGAGGAUUUUGUGGAAUACGACAACAGCCUUUUCAUGGUGCCGGUGCCUUUUCCCUCACGCUACCCCUCAGCGCCUCCUCCGGCGUACUCCUCGGACCCUCCACCAACCGACUCGGUCGAGUCGACCCCUCCGGCUGCUUCGGAUGCUGGAAAUGAGGUCAGUGGUGCAGCCAGUCCUGGAAACGAGGCUUCUGUUGAGGUUUCCGCAUCACCGAGCACUGGAGUAACAUUGGAGCCCACACUACCUUGCCAGGUCGUCCAGUAGCGUCCAGUAAAACCGUUAGGUUUUCUUGACCUGCAGACCUGCUCCUCGUUAGACAAUAUACAUCAAACUGAUGGAUAUUUUGUACGAAUCCAAUUUCGAAACAUUACAUAACACUGUCAUUGUUUAGUCAUUCAUUUGUGAUGAUGCUGUUGUUGUUAUUUGCUCGUUUAUUGAUGUAUUCGUGAAAAUGCUAGGAAAAUAAAUUUUUAUAAACUGCAACACACAGCAGCUGUUAUUAACCAAGUGUGUCAUGCUUGUUUUUCUUUAAGUUAAAGCUACAGAAAUAGUUAUUAAAAAGUAAACAAAGCAAUUAUAGGUUGGUUGGCUGGUUGGUUCUUUUAUUUUUCCUUUUCUCACCCAUCCAGCCAUCCUUCUUUCUUGUUUCAUUAUGAGAUCUUUACAAGAGUACACAUUUUUGAAAACUGAAACUAGUUUUGAAAGUCUGAGUGAAUUUCCUGGUCUCUUUGUAUAUCUAUAUAUCUAAGCCUACUUGAAAUGUUUUCAUGCACAGACAUAAUUCAAAACUGAGGUCACAAAUAGAUGAACUUACGUUGUCAAGGUUUCAGCAAAUAAAAGAUCACAUGAUAACUGA